CGAGCUCUGUAGUCAUUCCACACUUCUCUCUUCGACGCUCCAUAUACUGUAGACUAAUAGACUACACAUUGCUGGCAGGGUGACAUCCUCUUUCUGUACGACCACCAUGGCCAACGAACUUACCCAGAAGGACCUCGAUGAAAUCCUGACAUUCACAAUCGCCCUUGCGCGAAAGGCUGGCGCGCUCAUGCUCGAAGGAAGCAAGGCCAUCCUCUCGUCGCACGACGUAUCAGAGAAGAAGAACGCAGUGGAUCUGGUGACGGAGUACGACGUGCGUGUGGAGGAGCUCAUUCGGAGCGAGAUCGAGCAAGCCUACCCAUCUUUCGCAUUCAUCGGGGAAGAGUCCUAUGCCGCAGGAAAGCGUCCCGAGCUAACAGACGCGCCGACCUACUGCGUCGAUCCGAUUGACGGGACAACAAACUUCGUGCACGGGUUCCCGCACGCCUGCGUCUCCCUCGGCUUCCUGUACAAAAAAGAGCCCUCAAUUGGGGUAGUGUUCAACCCCUUCCUGGACCAGAUGUACUCCGCAAUGAAAGGACAUGGGGCGUACCUUAACCAGAGCACGCGCCUUCCCGCACACCCGCUCGCUCCCUUCCCUUCUCUGCAAACCGCGUUGAUAGGGAUGGAAUGGGGCUCCGACCGUUCGGCCUCCACGAUGGGUAAGAAGACGCGCAGCUUUACCCAAGUAGCUGGGGACCCUACUGGUGGGGUACGGGGAGGGAAGAUGGCCCAUGGGUUUAGGAGUCUUGGCAGCGCGGCGCUCAACUACUGUGCUGUUGCAGCGGGGCAACUGGAUAUGUAUUGGGAGAUCGGGUGUUAUCCCUGGGAUAUCGCUGCCGGUGUCGUCAUCGCUCGUGAAGGCGGAGGGCAGGUGUUUGGGGAUAAGGCGAGUGCACUGGAGGGAAAGGUGUUCACGAGCGAUAUGAUCUGGGGGAGGAAGUAUCUUGUUAUCCGGGGAGUGGCGGAUACAGAGGAGAAAGGAAGCGAGACGCAGAAGAGGAUCGUCAAGGGGUUUUAUGAGUGUGUAGAGGAGUGGGAACAGAGCUGAGCUCGCGCAGACAAUAGACAAAUAGAUCUCAAG